UAGAAGAAGAAGAAGAAGGGGGUGUGUUGCUAGGUUGCUAGUUGUUAGCCUGCCUGUGCUAACUGCGAGCUAAAAGUUGACUGUACUACUUUCACUUUCUGACAGACGGGAGUACCCUCUCUGGGAUGAGCAGGGCUUCCUGGGAAACUAAACUAAACGCCGUCAUUGUUGUCUUUGACACUCGUUAGACCGUAGACGUAGAUUGUAACACUAUUUUGGCGCCGAUAUUGACAACUUUUAGCCGGUGGCGUCUAAAAGCGUUUAGCCGUCAAACAACGCAGGUAGCGUUAUCUCGCCAGUUAGCUAGCUAGCUAGCUAGCUUCAACGUCUAUAGCGUCCGCUAGCAUGAACGGCGGGGGAAGCAUGCAAAGUAAUGAUGAAAGAGGGACAGAGAAACAAAUGGAUGACUACUUGAAUGCAAUCGGUUUGCAUCGGAAGAAGAUUGCCAAAGACGGCUCGUGCUUGUUUCGGGCUGUCGCCGAGCAGGUGCUGCAUUGCCAGAGCCUUCACACUAAAGUUCGGGCCGAGUGUGUGGCCUUCCUGAAGGAGAACAGAGGGAGCUACGAGGCGUUCAUCGAAGGAGACUUCGAGGAAUACCUCCAGAAGCUCCAGGACCCGCAGCAAUGGGUGGGAGAGGUGGAGAUCAACGCGCUGGCCGUCAUGUACAAGAGGGACUUCCUGAUCUUCCAGGAACCCGGAAAACCAGCCGUCAACAUCACAGACAACAACUUCAAGGACAAGGUACGGUUGUGUUUUCUGAACGGGAAUCACUACGACAGCGUUUAUUCCAUCAGCCACAUUAAGGACGCUGCUCUCUGCCAGUCCAUCUUGUACGAGCUGCUGUACGACGGUGUGUUCGGGGUGGAGCGCGGAGCUCUGGGCAUGUGCCAGCGGAUCGGCCGGCCCAACGACUUCCUGAGCGACGACAGCAUGCACGCCUGCGUCAGCAGCGACGAGUCCGACGCCGACCCCGGCGAGUCGCUCUGGGAGGAAAUCGGAACGAGCACGGCAGCUUCGAGACACACUAGUUUUAGGGGCCGUGGCGGGCGUGGCCGUCUGUCUGAUCGCGUGAGGCGUUCACUGAACCCGACUCUGUUCAGGAACAUAGAGUACGACGUCUGGCACAAGAGCAAGAGAGCCCAACAGAAGAGGGAUUACUGUAUCGCUGCCGGGAUGCAGUUCACCGUAGGAAACCGCUGCCAGGUUCGUCUUGAGGGACGCGCCUACAGUGCAACCAUCAAGGAGGUUUCUCCCGACAACGGCCCAGUGACGGUGUACUUAGAAGAAAUAGGAACUCGGAAACAGGUCCCUCUGUGGAGUCUGCGUCCUAUCAGUGACGAGAGCAGCUGGAGUACCGUGGUCAACCGAGACAAGAGGCUCAGCAACGGGCAUGGAGAAUGGGAGGAGAGGGGUAGAGGCAGAGGCAGGGGGAGGCUCGUCCCAGCAUCCUCCUCCUCCCCCUCGGUUACCCAGGCAACCGCACCGGGCCCCACCGGCGGGCGCGUGCUGAAGCAGCAAUCGUGGCCCCCGCAGUCUGCCGUAGAGGAGCAGGGAGGAGCCAAGGCCAGCAGGUCGUCUGUGAGCUCGAUAGAAUCUGCGUUCGGUGUGACGGAGGAGGAGCGUUUGGCCAAAGAAGAGGAGGAGAGGAACGUGGCGUUGGUGGAGAUCCAGCUCAGGGAUGAACGCAGCUUCCCCGCCCUUGGGAUGCAGAGUGAUGGAGGGAGGAGGAAGGGAGCGGACAAGAGAAGGAUCCAGAAAAACAAGACGAAGAGUCCAGUCGAAGACGUCCGAGCAGCAUCUCCCUCUGCUGGCGAAAGACCCAAAUCCUCCACCCCACCUCCACUUGCAUCAUCAUCAUCCUCCUCUGCUGCUUCUUCUUCUUCUUCUGCACCUUCUACAAAUACUCCACCACUCACCAAACCUGCCCUCCCUGCUGCCAAACCUCCGGCUGCUCCGUCCGCGAAGCCCGACGCCAACGCUCCUUCUUGGCUGAGCUCGAUCAAGGCUUCGACGACGCCGACGGCCUCCGCUGCUGCUGCCUCCGUGGCAGCGUCUAGCUCCACCUCCAGCCUCCCUGUCCCCCGCGCUGCUGCCCCGAAACCAAGCGCACCCUCUGACGCUGUCACCCAGCUCUCUCUUCCUGCCGCGCCGAGCGCCAAAGCUCCCGUAACGGGCGGCUCUGCUGCCGUGCCUUCCUCUGCCACUGUGUUCUCCUUCCUCACUCCUGCUCUCCCCUCUGCUUCGUCUCCCCCGACUCCCCACGCUCCUCCCUCCUCCUCUACUCUUUCCUCUCCUCCUCUGGAAUCAUCCGCUUCACCACCUCCUUCUUCUUCUUCUUCUUCUUCUUCAGCACCUCCUCCCACUUUCAUAGCUCCCAUUGCCCCAUCUCCCUCCGCCGCCACGGCACACGGCUUCCUCCCUCCCUCCUCCUCCUCUCUCCCCCACUCCCCUAGUCCUCCCUCCUUCUCCUCGUCUUCUCUUACCCAUCACGCCGCUCAGGUUCACGCGGCGGCUCCACCGGCUUCGGUGCAGAUUUCUUUGCCAAAUCUCGGAGCCACUCUGACAGCAUCUCAGACCUUCCAGAGCCAGGCCUCCCUGUCGCAGAUUCACCCUCACGUGUCUCUGCCCCAGAACCAGAGCCCCGUCUCCGUGACCCAGACCCACAUCCAGCCUUCUGUGCCGCAAAACGCCCAGACCCUGACGCCCCAGAUGCAGAACGAGGUCCACUCCUGUCUUCAACAGCACCAGCACCAGCCUCAGUCCCACUCUGAAGUAGCCUCUCUGCCACAGACCCAGCAGUCUGUCGUCCCCCCCUCCCUCCCUCAGGCCUCUGUCUCCCACCUCCAGUCCCCCUUCCCCUCACAGUCCCAGUACCCCUCCCAGUCCCAUUCCCAGUACCCUUCCCAGGCCCAGUACCCCUCCCAGUCCCAGUCUGAGAUGGCCCAGGCCCAGUCCUCUCACCCUGCUCCAGCAGGUUCCUACCCCCUUCCCUCCCAGACCUCAGUGCCUGUCCCGGCCUCUCUGCAGCCGCCUGUCACCCAUCCUAACCUCCACACCCAGACGCCUCCUCACCCCUCCCAAGUCCCACAUCCCUCCCUCUCUCUCUCCACCUCCCAUCCCUCUCUCCACCCCCACUCCUCCUCCCACAUCACUCAGAAUCAAACUGAGACCCCUCAGCCUCACCCCCCUCCUCCUCCUCACCCCCAGCUGCAGUCUGGUCCUCCCCCUCACUACCACCCGUCCAUCCCCGGGGCUGUUCCUCUGCAGCAGCUGUCCCAGCUCUACCAGGACCCCCUGUACCCGGGAUUCCCCCAGGGGGAGAAGGGCGAAGUUGCUCCCACUCCGGCCUUGUCCUCCAGCAAAUCAGGGGAGGACCUGCCGCCAGAUCUCAACAUCUUGAAGUUUUUCUUCAACUUGGGCGUCAAGGCUUACUCCAUGCCCAUCUUCCCCCCUUACAUGUACCUCCUCCCCCUGCAGCAGGCCCACACCUUACACCCCAAGCUCCCCUCCCGCUCCCCCUCCCCUCCCCCCCAGUACCCUCCCUCCAGGCACCAGGACGAGUACCCCCAGUACCCUCCGACUUCCGCAUCAAUGCCUCCUCACUACGACCACCAGGCCCAGCCCGCUGAGCCCCCCCCACACCCCAGUGACCCCUCCUUUAAUCAGGCUGGGUACCCGCCUCCACCUCACAGGAUGUCCUGGCAACAGCACCAGAUGGCCCCUCCCAGAAACCCCAACUACUCGGUUGGAUAUCACAGCCAAAAUCCAUCAUAUCUGGCCUCCCCACCCUUGCCUCAGGGCUACCACCCGGGUCAAGCCCAGGGCCACCUGUACCCCCAGUACCCACCCUCCUCAAUGGGAUUUCAGUCUUCGCCGAACCGCGAGGAGCACCAGGCGAGCCAGCAGGGGGCGCCGGAGCACCGUAGGCCCGCCAACGGAGACGCGCUGCAUGGUCAAGGGCCGGGCCGAGGCCCCGGUCCUCUGGAGAGUCCUGCUGCUGCUAACGUGGCUAACGCUAACAACAGCAGAACAGGGAUGGUGGUGCCUGGUUUCGCCCUCAAGAACGAGCAGGGAGACAGCUCGACCAAAAUGGUGCUGCUGGUGGACCCCCCACUCAACAACACACCAAUAAUGAAACUGGUGUCAAACUCCGACGUUUCGGAUGUCCCCAUGGCGACCAUGAAGCCCGGCAGCGCCCCCGCCUCGCCGACGCCUUACGACCUCAUCUCCAAGACGACGGUGGCCGUCGUCCACGGCGACAACAGCAACCCCUGCCGCAGUUACCGGGGCCAUCGCAAGCCGCUCGUUCACGCCAACGCGUACGUCCCGCUGGGAGCGCCGGAGGGUUACCUGGCGACCGUCGCGGACUCUCUGUCCGUGGGCUGCAGCACGGAGGACAACUGGGAGGAGGCGCCGGGGCUCAGACCCCCGACCUUUAACCCCAGGGGGACCAGGAAGGUCUACAGGGGAGGGAGAGGGAGGGGGGGCCAUGAUUCGCUGAGAGGAGCACACAGGAGGAGACAAGGAGGAGAGGCAGGGGCGGGGCUUAACUACGUCCAGUUUAACGCCUCCCACAGGGGGAGGGGCCGCGAGAGAGGGUACUAGCUCCCAGCCAAUGAGGCGAGAGAGCGUACUAGCUCCCAGCCAAUGAGGCGAGAGAGGGUACUAGCUCCCCUUUUUUUUUUUUUUUUUUUUUCCCCUGCUGGGAGUUGAGAAGCUGCGUAUCAGUCGUACGUCUGGAUGCUAAAUGUGAAGCUACAACUAGCUUAGCUUAGCACGAAGGCUUGGAACGGGAGGAAACGGCUAGCUUGGCUCUGUUGAAAAGUAAUUGAAGUAACUUAUUCUUGCUAGCUUUGUUUUCAGGCAGAGCUCUUACCGUUUUCUUGGCUAUAGCGUCUUUUCAUCCCCUACAAUGUUUCCAAAAUAUUUCUUCAAUCGGAAGUCAAAUUUCGGACUCUUUAGCAUCCUUUUUGAACGCAGCAACUGAGAGUUUAGCGUUUAGUGUCCAUAAAGCUUUAGAAAUGUAAGCACAUUUCAGCAAAAGAAGCGUCAACCAAGUUAAUUUGAGCACUUCUUUUAAGCAUCUGUUAGCAGCUUGAGCGGGAAAACAGAAUUAAAUCACCAAAAAAAUCUUGAUUUAUUCUCAUUAAAAUAUAAUUUGAGAACGGCUUUGAGAGUGGUAGUGCUGCUUUAAAACUACCGCGGUGUGUAUGGGAGUCUGGUCUAAAAGACCCAGACAACAAAUAGGAUCUGUGUGGACUAUUUGUUCAGAUUUUUUUAAUUGUCCGUGUGUCUUGUUGCUCCUUAUUGUGUAUUUGUCUCGUUUAUUUUUUUUCUGUGCUGGGUUCAUUUUUCUUUCUCUCGUCACGUUUGAUCAACUCAAAACUCUAGAGAUUCAGUGCCUUACGUUUGCUACUUUACUGUCUUAUUUCUUUUUGAGAAACACUGCUGUACAGAACUAAAGGUGUUGGUGUUUUUCUAUGCGAUUGAAUAAAUAAAACAUUGGUUCAGAUGGUC